AUGUCUUCGUCUGAUAUAUUUGAUGUUUUGAACAUUCAAAAUCACCGGGCUGGUAGCCCUGGGUCCUCAGGUCACACACCCGUUCCAAGCCGAACACCAAAGCUUCAAGUAAGUGGAAUGCAGCGGGAACUGUACAAUCUUCUGGGGGACAAUACGCCACCUGUUGCAGUUCAAAAGAGCAACAAAUUCAAGGAUAAAAUGCGGACCAUGGCCAAGCCUUCCCCGUGGAGUUUUGCGGAAUUCGAGCCUCGACAAUCAGUCAAGCUGAGACAUUGGGUGAAGGGCUCAAAGGAAUUAGUCGAGCAGCAACCGCAGGUGAAUGCGUUUGAGAAAUACAAUACGAAACUUACCAUUCCAGAAUUCACGGAAGAAGAGUACAACUCGUUCAUGAAGGACAAAACAGGAAAAGACGACGACUCUAAAAAAUGGAGUUUUCGAGACGUACGGCAGCUUUUCGAUUUGUGCAGGAAAUAUGACAUGCGAUGGUUUAUUAUACAGGACAGAUUCGAAGUCGAAGAACAGCGAUCUUUGGAAGAUAUGAAAGAGAUCUUUUACUUAGUCUGCCAUCAGUAUUUUAUGGCCCAAACCCCUGACAACCCGUUGGUUGGCUCGCUAAAAUUCUCUAAGGAGAAGGAAGUCGAGCGCAAGAAAUACCUUCAGAGACUACUUUCCAGGUCUGCUGCCGAAAUUGCAGAGGAGGAAGCUUUAAUUGUCGAAUCUAAGAAGUUUGAAAUGGCAGCAAGAAAGACGUCUAGCGAAAGAGAGAGUUUGUUGCGGCUUCUGGACUCUCCAAACUCGGAUAAGCCCAUUGCUCAAUUUUUGACAUCACAGGGCAUGACGCAGCUGUACAAUAGCUUACUGUCAGACAAAACCAAGAAACGUAAAUAUGAGCAAACAGUUCCGGAAAAUCCAUGGAUGAAGCAACAACAACAAUUUGCUCAACAGAAACAACAAAUGCAGCAACUUCAGGAACAAAAGGUCAUCACUAACAACAAAAACAUAAAUAACCAGACUCAGGUGAAAAAGACGAAAAAGCAGAAGCAGGAACUGCAGAUAGCCGUAAAGAGGAAGGCUGAUAGCGAAUACGCAGAACAACUCUUACAAAACUUUACGGCAGAAGAAAGAAGAUCCCUAGGCGUACAAACACAUGGGGAAAAGUUGCCUUCCGGAGCGUAUCUAAGGUCCACUCGGAUAUCGACUUUCAAGGCCGCGACUCAAACCAAAAUUGCGACUACUUUACAAGAGUUGGGACUUCCUAGCAGACCAGCGAUGCCAACUUCUGAAGUGAUUCAGCAUCAUGAGCUUCUUCUCGGGCGCAUUAGCAGUAUGCUCGAUUUAAAAAAGCAGGUCGAUAAGCUGGAGGCAGAGAAGGACAUAAAGAAGUGA